AGCAGGGACUCUCUGUGAGGGGGAACUUUGUUACUAUGAAACUUAGGAAUAUUUGCAAAAUAUUGUAAAAAUUAUCAAAAUCCCUCGUGAAUCAAUAACCUGCCCCUAGGGUUUGAGGUUUUUAGUUUAGUUUGCCCGGAAAGGGCUUCUACACUCACUAUUCUUACACUUUUUUGAAAGAAUGUGUGAGACAGACAGUUAGCCAGCUAGCUAGCUAGCUGAGAGGUGAUACAGGCGGCAGGAGAACAAAAGAUUUUUUUGCGUUUUGGCCGGUUGUACUGACACCAAGUCCAUGCAGAACGUGUCAUUACCAUCACAAUGCCCGUUUUACUUUUUCUGAUAGACACGUCCGCUUCAAUGAACCAGCGCACCCAUCUGGGCACUACCUAUCUGGACAUAGCAAAAGGCGCUGUUGAGACUUUUAUGAAGCUCAGAGGGAGAGAUCCGGCGAGCCGAGGGGACCGGUAUAUGUUGGUAAAUUUUGAAGACGUUCCCUUCGGGAUAAAGGCUGGAUGGAAAGAGAGCCAUGCCACAUUCAUGACAGAGCUGAGGAACCUCCAAGCAACUGGACUCACAACUAUUGGCCAGUCCUUGAGGACCGCUUUUGAUUUACUCAAUCUCAAUAGAUUAGUGACUGGGAUAGACAACUAUGGACAGGGAAGGAAUCCCUUUUUCCUCGAACCCGCCAUCAUAAUCGCUAUCACCGACGGCAACAAGUUGACAAGCAGCGGCGGAGUCCAAGACGAGCUCCAUCUGCCUCUGACCACCCCACUGCCAGGCAGUGAGCUGACUAAGGAGCCCUUCCGCUGGGACCAGCGUCUCUUCGCCCUGGUGCUGCGGAUCCCUGGCAACGCCUCGGUGGAGCCCGAACCCCUUGGAGGCGUCCCCCCUGACGAUUCUCCCAUCACCCCCAUGUGUGAGGUCACUGGAGGACGUUCUUACAGCGUGUUCUCUCAGCGUAUGUUGAAUCAGUGUCUGGAGUCUUUGGUGCAAAAAAUUCAGAGCGGAGUGGUGAUAAAUUUUGAGAAGACAGGGCCCGACCCUCCUCCACUAGAGGACACUCCAGCUGAGGUCCUGAAGUCUGGUCCGCAGCCUUGGCAUUGCUGUCACAAGCUGAUCUACGUGCGGCCCAACCCUAAAACUGGUGUUCCCAUCGGACACUGGCCCAUCCCCGAGGCCUUCUGGCCAGACCAGAACUCCCCCACACUGCCCCCUCGUUCAGCCCACCCCCACGUACGUUUCUCCUGUCUGGACGCUGAGCCCAUGGUGAUAGACAAGGUGCCCUUCGACAAGUAUGAGCUGGAGCCUUCGCCUCUCACACAGUACAUUUUGGAGAGGAAGUCCCCACACACCUGCUGGCAGGUGUUUGUAUGUAACAGUGCCAAGUACAGCGAUCUGGGCCAACCCUUUGGCUACUUAAAGGCCAGCACAGCUCUCAACUGUGUCAACUUAUUUGUGAUGCCCUACAACUACCCCGUGCUUCUGCCACUUCUGGAUGACUUGAUCAAAGUGCACAAGUUCAAGCCAACCAUCAAGUGGCGGCAGUCCUUUGAGAACUACCUGAAGACCAUGCCUCCAUAUUAUAUUGGGUCUUUGAGGAAAGCUCUGAGAAUCAUGGGAGCACCAAACCUGCUGGCUGAAAACAUGGAGUAUGGCCUGAGCUACAGCGUGGUCUCCUACCUGAAGAAGCUCAGUCAGCAGUCAAAAAUCGAGUACGACCGCCUGAUUGCCUUGAUUGGUAAAAAGCCGACGCCAGAGGCCGGCAUCAAGGUGCGUUGGCGGGGUGGAGGUAUAUCUCUGGCCCAGCGCAGGGACUUCAUCCAGCAGCUGCAGAGUCUCACAGGAGAGGCCCCGACUCUGUCCAUCGAGCUCAACCCCAAAGAGUUUCAAGGCUUUCAUCUGGCACUGAUCAACAAGAGCCUGAAACCUCAGAGCUUUAGGAAUCCUUACGACAUCCCUCGCAGCCAUCUGCUGGACCAGCUGAGCCGAAUGAGGAGAAAUCUGCUCAACACCAGCGUCUGCACUCUCAGAGGGCAGGACUCGGACCAGCUCCACAGCGUGCCAAUCGCCCAGAUGGGCAACUACCAGGACUUCCUCAAAGCUGCUCCUCAGCCUCUUCGAGACGCAGACCCUGAACAGCCCAAACGCCUGCACACAUUCGGCAACCCCUUUAAACUGGACAAGAAGGGCAUGAUGAUCGAUGAGGCGGAUGAGUUUGUGACAGGCCCUCAGAACAAGGGCAAGAGGCCAGGAGACAGCAACAACAUGCCGGGCGGAGGUCCCAAGAGGCGCCGCUGCAUGUCGCCUCUGCUGCGUCUGGGCAGGGCUUACACCCCUCCGGUAUCACCUCCUGCCAGCCCUCGACCCACAGCAGAUAUGGACAUGAAUGACGGAGCACCUGAACCAGACUUGAUCAUCAACCACCUGACUCAGAACCACUACGGCUCAGACAGUAGCUCGGACUCGGAGGCAGAUCAUCCCUCAGGGCCCGCCAACCACCAGGAGAAUCACACGGCCAUGGAUCCUCAGGACCUCCGGCACAGGGACGAAGAGGAGAACGGGCGACCCCAGAUGGGCGAGCUGCCGCUGGGCAGCGAGGAAGGAGUGGAGGUCGUGCUGGUGGAGGACCAGCCGCCUCGCUACCUGUCACCUUCAGCUCUGAAGAAGCACAUUCACAACGAGACGACGAAGGUCAACAACGAGCUGAGAGCACUCAUCACCAAGGAGAUCAGGAAACCUGGCAGGCACUAUGAGAAGAUCUUCCUCCUCCUGAAGCAGAUCCAGGGCACUCUGGACACCCGGCUCAUCUUCCUCCAGAACAUCAUCAAAGAGGCAGCCAGGUUCAAGAAGCGCGUUCUCAUCGAGCAGCUGGAAAACUUCCUCGAGGAGAUCCACAACAGAUCCAAUAACAUGAACCACGUGGACUCACUGUGAGACUGGCUCAUUCCCAAACUGAACUUACUGAUAAUGAACCCAAGAACCCUCCACAUCCUUUUAACCCCCCAGCCCACCCCACCCCACCCUGCCCUCCAGUACCGG